AUGCCCUGGAGCGUCCGGUGGGUCGGCGGCGGCGGCGCCCAGUCGCAGAAGCAGUGCAAGAAAUCCUCCUUCGCCUUCUACCAGGCGGUGAGGGACCUGCUGCCCGUCUGGUUCCUGGAGGACAUGCGGACCAUGGAGGUCUUCCACUGGGAGGACGGCGGCAAGGUGAGCCUCUACUCGCCCUCCGAGGCGCUGCUCUACGCCCUGGUGCACGACCACCAGCCCUACGCCCGGCACCUGCUGACUAAGUUCCCCCAGAGUGCCCUGGCCGUGCCCAGCCAAAGCUUCAGCUGCUGCCAGGCCUCGGCCCCGCACCUGGCCAUGGCCGUGCGCUACAACCGGGUCCGCGUCCUCUUCCGCAUCCUCAAGGCCGUGCAGGGCUUCCCGCCGGGCGACAGGGCCGGCCACCUGGACCGCCGGGGCUGCAGCCGGGUGGAGGGCAGCAAGACGGCCCUGCACGUGGCCUGCGAGCUGGUGCGCCCCGAGUGCCUGCUGCUGCUGCUGGGGCACGGCGCCUCGCCCUGCCUGCCCGACGGCGCCGGGAACACCCCGCUCGACACCUUGCUGCAGCAGCUGUCCCAGGCGCCGGCGGUCAACGCGCGUGCCAAGCUCCUCUGCCUCGACUGCCUCUUCCUCUUCGUGCCUCAGGACGUGCCGUUCGCCAUGAAGCAGCAGCUGCUGGACAACCGGCAGCACUGGCAGGACCUCUUAGGGGAGAGCAGGUACCGGUGCCUGGUGGGCUUGGCUCCCCCGUCGCUGUUCGUUGGAGCCAUGCGCGUCUUGAUCAGGACCAUUUCUCCCGAGCACUUCCCCGAGGCUCUGGACGAUCUGCCCCUGCCGCAUUUCCUGAAGCCUUUGGACUUGAAGCUGGAGAGCUAGAGGGGGCUGCAGGGGAGCCUCCUGCUCACCUGACACAACAGACUUGUGCUAAAACCCUACCGGUGCACAAAGCUGCUGAGGCAGCAGCCACCAAGUACCUGUUUUAAUUAGAACUGUCUUCUUUCCUUUUUUUUUUUUUUUAAAAAAAAAAAAAAAAAGAGUUGUAUCUGGCACUUUAUAGUAUAUUUUAUUUAAAAAUCUUUGUGGUGAGGUGAGGUCUACACUGCAUUUUAUAAAAACGUUAUAUGGCCUGUACUAAUGAGGAUACGUGGGAGAAUAUAUUUGUAAAUACAUCUAAAUAAACCAGCAGCAGAUAAUGAUCCAAACUAUAAAUCAAGCAGCUGAAAACUCCGAAAUGCCAUGUGCCUUGAAAAAGUGCGCGGGGGGAGUAUCUUCGAGUUAGGAUUUCCCUGUUACAUAAGCCAAGCAGUCCUGGAACAGGAUGACUCCUUUUUAGCAGCUCUCCUAAUACAUCUUGGCAGAGAUGUGGCCUUUUUUUUUUUUAAAGGCGCAGAUGAAAGCUUCCUAAUCUUGUACACAAAACCAAAGAGAAGACGUGUUAUUAAAUCCCCCUUAAACAAGGCUGGCAGGGAUAUGCAGCUGAACAAACUGUAUUUUAAAAUAUGCACGAGUACCAGUUGGCUUCCUUGCGACGUUCUUUCUGUUCCUCCUGCAGAGCCAAGGUGCUUGCGGUGCCUGGAGGGCAGGAGCAGAGCCCGCAGUCCCCAGCCAAAGCUGUUCCUGCCCUGGCAGGAGCCAGUGCUGGAGACCCAGGCCCCUCUGUGCGGCUGCUGCAGGGUAAGCUGCCAGCGCCCUAAGGGGUGAAGGAAGUUGGCAUAGCUGGAAGCUUCUGCCUGCCUUCCUCUGCGUGCCCAGAGGGAUUUGUUUGGGCCUGGCCAUGCCCAGGAGGCUACAGCAGCUUCUUGCAUGGAUUCCAGCUCCUCCACUGCCGGUGCCCAGGGGGAUGUGAUGGCUUUGGGUCAGCUGAGCCCUCUGGGUACCAGGUGUCCCAAACAUCCCUUGUGAGAUGCUCCAAGAUAAGCGAGACAACCCUGCAGCUCCUCCAGAUGGAACAGCCCUUUAGGGGUAAUGUCCUGGCUGCAAAGCUUGUGUUUAGACAUGUUGAGUCCUGAGCAAAAGGUACUGAGGAGGCUUUUUGCUCUGCAACCUUUACUCUACAGCAUCCUGGGCACUUGCGCUGCUCGCCUCCCUGUAAAACUGGCACUGCCUCUGCCUGCUCUGCAGGGAGCGAGCUGCGCUGGCUCCAGCAGCAUCACAGCGAUAGGAAUCUCCUAGGCCACUGAGCUGCAGUUUUGCCUCUAUUGUUGGAAGCCAGCAGUGAAACUGUUUUGUUGCAGUGCUUAAAUUUGUAGCAGGGAGUUGUUUGCCACUUGAACUGUUUCAGCACUGCAGUUCCCUUUGGGAUCAUCACAGAACUGAUGCACUAAGAGAUACGAGGAUAUAUUCAACACACCAAUUUCUUUAUUCAUGAACUUACUUUGGUUAGAAAAACAUUUAAAAAGUCACAGAAUGAGGCACUAUAAGCGAAGCCAUUCAUGCUUCAGCAGAAGAGUGGUAUUUCAUUUCAAAAAAAAUUCUGUACUGCAUGCACGAUAACAGAUAAGCCAUGCCUCUGAAAUUUGAGAUGCAGCAGAAAGAAGAUUGCUAUUCUUAGACUGAUGGCACUGAAAAUGUUUCCUAGAAGAGCAAAUGUUCCUUUUUCCCAAGAAACCAAGAUGAUACAUGCUGUAACCAAUUAUCAUGGGGGAUUCAGGGCCCAUGUUGGAAAGCAUAUACCUGCUCUAACUAUUCUCUUCAGCUGCCUUGUUGAGGAUAAAAAAUACAGAAAUGCAAAGAACUAAUUCCUCUCUUUUUAAUAAUAAAAACUAUAAAUUGCUAA